UAACUAAUUUUAUAACACUGUGGUUAGAUAAUCAAAAUACUUUUUUAAGGAAAAACACAAGGAAGUUCUCUAUAUCUUGCAACGACAUACAAGGAAAAACUUCACUUUCACUGCAAUAGCAAACGACACAAUCUCGUUUUGAAAGGUUCUUUUAACAGAAAUGUUGCACACGACAGUAUGUCUUGUAUCUUUAUAUUUAGUGCACUCGAUACCUAUAGAUAAUUUGCGAUCGUCGACUACUGAAGAGUUUUUACACAGAUUUGUACGAAUGGCGGACGGGUCACCUUUCAAUAUUUCCACUACAAGAUAUCCUUUAGCAACGCUUGACCGUUGUCAACCACAUUUUGAGACCAUAUCGUUACCAAAGGACACGGAUCCAAAAAUUGUAAUACAUCCGCCGUGCACAAGAAUCGAGAGAUGUCCCGAUUGUACUUCUCUGGAUAUGCUGGUGUGUGAGCCCACAAAAACAGAAACAGCUACUUUUAUGGUUCUUAAAUUUCGAUUGGAAUCUGCAGAAUUCAGAUUUAAUGGAACAAAAGAAGUUCAGGCUGUGAGACAUCUAAAAUGUGAACAACGAUGUCGUGUAAAGGUUACAGACUGUAAUCAAGGUAUACACACAUAUAUUGAAAGGGACUGUAGAUGUCAAUGUAAAGCACGCCAAACGUGUGCGUCAUCAAAGCACAUUUGGCGGGAAAGCAAGUGCUUGUGUGAAUGCGUACAGACAAAACUAUGCAGGGGGUUUGCUAGGUUCAAUGAAUCCAAAUGCGAGUGUGAUCUGAAGAAAGAUACCCGUUGGAAUGUCAAAGGAAAACAAAAAUCACUUAGAAAUCAUUAUUGGAACAGAGAUGUAUAGGGAGACAUGGCGUAAUACAAAAACACAGUAGAU